AAAUGCCAACUGAGCAAGAAAAAAUUAUGCGGGAAAUUCUGAGCUAGUUCAAAUAUUCAAAACAUCGUUAAAACUGCAAACAAAACAAAAACAGUUUUUAACAAAAAUAAUAAAUUUAAUGAUUCUAAGAUGGAUCAGUGCUUUGCAAACGAAACCAAUCACAGACUAAUACAACAGCUAUGUCCGACAUAUCAAUUCCAAAUCAAUAUCUGUACAUUUCAAGUCAAUAAUGUUAAAUUAUUUAAUUUAAGUUUAGAAAAAUUAGAAAACAUGAUCCAGUUAAGGAUUUCUGAUGUAAAUGCUACAAAUAAGAUGUAUUUAUGUACAAUAGAUGGAACGAGUUAUCAUGAAAUUAAGACAGAACAAUCACUUCAAGUCAAUUUCCAAGGAUUUAUCGAUCAUCUCGUUACGAUUCUAGAUUCGUGUAAAAAGAAUGAGCUACAUAUCUCACUCGUACAGAACUCGAGUCAUUUCGUUCUGCAAUUUUACGAGAAACGAUCACUUAAGAAUCUCAUACAUUUGUUUCUGAGAGUUCAAGAGGCAUCACCUCAAGUCAUAAUGCAUCAUAUGAAUGUUACAUUAACAAACUUGAAGGACGAAGUAGCGUCAGUCACAAGUCAAAACAAUUUCCUUCAGAAUGAACUUCAUAAACGUGACUUUCACAUACAAGAAUUUCAAUCAGAAAUUGUAGGAUUAAAGAACAAAAUAGCAGAAAAUGAGAAUAUGAUAUUGCACCGAAACACGGAGGAGAUAAAGCGGCUGAAUCAAGAGAUUAAGAAUGUUGAGACAAACAAAGAAUUUGAGGAGAAUCGACUAAAGACUCUUGUAAAGACUUAUGAAGUUAAAGUUGAUCAACUAACAAGAGAUAAUUUCGCAAUAAAUGAGAAAUUAAUGUUGGAAUCGAAGAAAUAUGAGACAUUAAAGCAUGAACUCGACGAUAUGAAAAAGAAAUUAAAUGCUAUAAGUGCGGAUAAUAAUCGACUAAAAAAUAAUCUCAAUAUAUCGGAUGGUAAAGAGAAGCAACAGCGUAAGAGAAUCGAUGAUAUUAAUCAACAGAUGGUCGAAUAUGAGGAAAAGAUGCGAUUGGCAAACAAGGAAAAGUCUAAUCUGCUGGCAGAGCUAGAAGCGGAGAAACAAGUAUGCUCGACAAAGAAACGUGCCCUUCAAAUUGCCACCGAUGAACUCGCCAAAUAUCAAGAAACGAUAAAGCAGCAUGAGCUAAUGAUUGAGAAAUUGCGGAAAGGUAUUGACUGGCGGACACUCGUUUUGCUACGAAUGAAUGAUGAGAAGCAAAGAAAUCUGUUGACUUUGGCUACUGUUGGGCAACUUGGCAUGAGGAAAAAUUAGGCAAAAAGAUCAAAAUCGUCGAUAAAUUGUAAGCCAUUGCCUCAUUUCAGGCUUGUGUAUAUUUCUUGAAAUGCAUCACAUGAACUUGAAUUAUCACCUACACAUGCUGUCUUUUCAUGCUCUUUUCACGAUAUGUAUAAUAUCUCCAUGUGUUUCGUAAAACAAUCAACCUUUUAAUGUUGUCUUGAAAGACAUUAAUUUAUAGCUGUUGAAGCCACUUUGGGCUGGGUUUGGUGGACUAGCUUUUGUGCAAAAUAUUUUUGUAAUAAAAAUUAAUUUUAAAUCCGUU